UGACGCGGUUGUUGAUGUCGGUGUCAGAAGUCAGCCAGCUCGGAGGACGGUUUAGCAGGUGACAAUGUCCUUCUUUAGCCGGCUGUUGGACACUGUCUCCUCUGUGUCAACCCUCUUCACCAACCCAUACCGGGUCCGGGAUGUGCCGCUCUCUGAGUAUGGAGGAGGAGGCAAAGUCUUGUUGAAGGAGGAGGGACGCAUGGUCCUGUACAGAAACACCCAGUGCCAGUCAUGGGACUGUCUGCUUAUGUGUCCUGAGACGCCGACUGUGGUUCUGAGGCUGUUUCAGGUGGCAUCAGAGGAAGAUGCCAUGAACUGGUUUCCUCAGUUUGCCCUCAAGCUACGCCCGUUCUAUGAGACACUUUCUCUGAAAGCUGAAACCACCCAGCCAAUUGUUGACUGCAUUCGCAACCACCCGGACUGGAGCUCUGCCCACAUUGCUGUGGAGACAGGCCUGAGAGAGUGUCUCAAACAUAACUAUGUCCAGAGUCAGAUCAACACUCGGGAUGCAUCUGGUCAGACGCCGCUGCAUCUAGCAUGUGAGCGUGGCGACGCGGUGUGUGUGAAGGAACUGCUGGAGGAAAGCCAGGCUCGCACUGACAUCAAAGACCGCAACGGAGAGACGCCCAUGCACUGCGCCGCCAAGCAGGACUCUCUUGCCAUCAUCCAGGUCCUGUGCUCGCGGCUGUGCACGGGGGUUGAUGAGCUGAACAGCAGCGGGGAAACCCCACUCCACGUGGCCUGCCGCUUGGGACGUGUCGAGGCUGUCAAAGCUCUGUUGGAUGGUGGGGCCAAGUGUGAUGUUCCUGGCAGCAUUGGCUACCCCAUCCACAGUGCCAUGAAGUACAGCGAGAAGGGCUGUGUGGACGAGAUCCUCAAAGCAGACCCAGGCCAGCUCCACGCUGAGGACUCCAUAUACGGAGGGACGCCGCUCCACUGGUCCAAAACUGCUGAGAUGUGUCGUAUUCUACUGGAGCAUGGCUGUGAAGUGAACUACCUCAGUAAGACUGGGGAGAGCGCCCUCCACAUAUUAACCAAGAAGGGUCGCUUUGAGGCAGCCAUGGUCUUGCUCACCCAUGGAGCAAACGCCAACCUGAAGGGCCAGGAUGGGAACACAGCCCUUCACCUCGCAAUGAAGAUGGACCACAUGGAGCUGAUCAAAGCUCUGAUUGUGUUCGGUGCUGAUGUGGAGAUCCACAAUGACCUGGGAGAAACUCCUGGACUGAUCGCUGCACGCACCAGCAAAGGUUCUAAUAGAAAGAUACUGCUGGACAUGCUGUGUAGUGUAGGGGUCCAGCGUUGUCUCCCUCCCUCCCCCGGCAGUCCUCCCCCCAUCUCCUACAAGGCCAAGCCUCACAGCAUAGGGUUUGAGGACAUCAUGUAUGUGGGAGCUGCAAUUGGUGCAAUGAGCAAAGGCACAUCUGAGGUGGACGGCCCCAAAAUGGAGAAGAAGAUGGACAGGCUGCUGUGUCUGGAUGGUGGAGGUAUUAAGGGUCUGGUGUUGAUCCAGAUGCUGAUCGCUCUGGAGAAAGCGGCCGGUCGACCCACCAGAGAGCUCUUUGACUGGGUCGCUGGCACGAGCACUGGGGGCAUCCUGGCCCUUGCUAUAAUCCACGGUAAGUCCAUGGAGUACCUGCGCUGCUUAUACUUUAGGAUGAAGGAACAGGUGUUCAAGGGGUCACGGCCCUACGAAUCAGCACCGCUGGAAGACUUUCUGAAAAAAGAGUUUGGAGAGAACACGAAGAUGACAGACGUCCGAUACCCCAGGGUGAUGGUGACCAGUGUUCUGGCAGACCGACAUCCAGGCGAGCUGCACAUCUUCAGGAACUAUAACCCUCCCUCCGUCAACAGAGAACCCCCAUACGCCACCACUGCCACUUUCCAGCCCCUCACCAUCCCACAAGGAUGGGAGGAUGAGGAUGUGUUGAUAGUAGGAUACACAGAGGAGCCACCCAGAAAGCGUAGGAAGGUGACAGAUGAAGAACAACUUGUGUGGCGAGCUGCCCGCUCCAGCGGCGCCGCUCCCACCUACUUCCGACCAAUGGGCCGCUUUCUGGACGGAGGCCUGCUGGCCAAUAACCCGACACUGGACGCCAUGUCAGAAAUCCAUCAGUACAACAAAGCCUUAAAAGCAGAGGGCCACGGGGAGGAAAUCAAGAAGCUGGGUAUAGUGGUCUCCCUUGGUACAGGUAAACCCCCCCAGGUGGUGGUGAGCUCUGUGGAUGUUUUCCGGCCCUCCAAUCCUCUGGAGCUGGCUAAGAGCUUUGUUGGAGCAAAGGAGCUGGGCAAGAUGCUGGUGGACUGCUGUACAGACUCUGAUGGCUGUGCAGUGGACAGGGCCAGAGCCUGGUGUGAAAUGACCGACACCAUCUACCACAGAUUGAGCCCCCAGCUGUCACAGGAAGUGAUGCUAGAUGAGGUGAGUGAUGCAGUCCUGGUGGACAUGCUGUGGGAAACCCAGAUGUACCUAUAUGAGAAGAGAGAGAUCCUCCAAUCCCUGGCAAAUGUGCUACUUGGUAACUGAAAGCACAAGAAAAUCACAAGGAGAGGUGGUGAAGAUGGGACUGGUGCAUAUAUAAGAACAAAGGAGAGACGUGUGAGCGGAGUCGGAGUAGUUGGACGAGGCACAAAGAGGCGUUGGCGUCGUCUUGAUGUUUCCUGUUGAACGGCAAGUUAUGUAGCAUCAUGUGACCUUAUCACUGACUUUAUUAUUAUCGUGGUUUAUCAAGUUAACUGAUUCUACAGAAACCAGUGAAGGACAGAGUGUACAGCUUACUUUAUUGGGUAUGUGAAUACAGGGUAAAUGGGAGAGCAAGUAUUAUGUAACAUAUCAAAUGAAAAGUAGCACACACACGAAUUGUGGCACGAUGUGCUAACUGUGGUUUUUACCCCUCUUCAGCAGAGUAACAUUCAAAAUCUGAAUGUUUGUGAUAAAACUAAAACAGUCCUCAUCAUUCUUCCUUCACGUUCCUCUUUUUUUUAACCCAAGUAGCUACAAAGACACUCACCAUACAGACAUUCUCCAUGUGGCAGUAUUAACAAAGGGGUACCACUGCAAAGUUUGCAUUACACUGUAGCACUCGGAUGUUGGUGAUGAGUAAAAUGUUCUGCCUUAUGUGUCUGGAACCCAAAAUUUGUACUGUUUCCUUUCUUAUCUCCAUACUGCAUUUUAAUGCCUUUGUAUGUUAUUUAUACUGACUUUAAACACAGUAUUUAACCUCAAAGCCACUGAUAACUUUCACUCAGUGUUACAUCCUCCUGGUAAACUGUAAACGGGUCUUAGGCACAUAUUUAACAUGGACUGGAAAUUAUUGAAUUAUCAGUGUACUUGAAAGACAAAGAAACAAAAUACUCACUGACUACUGAGUACACACUUGCACAAAGUAAAACUUGAGGCAACGAAUAAUUUCUUAUGCUUUUUGUAUCUGAAUUAAUUACUGAAGUGUAUACUGGUAUGGUAAUAAAAUAUAUGAAUAUUUACCUAA